UCACGUAGCUCGCAGAUGUGUUUUUCUCGUUCAAAUAGACUUCAUAAACCGUGUCGUUGUUAAUGUCCCUUUCAAAUGUAUAAACUUAAAGAUCAUUUUUCAGGAUGCAAUAAUGAAAUACCGCAGACUGUAUCAUUCGACGCUGCUGAGGAAAUGUAUUUUCAAAGGUAUCUUGAAAGUAUGAACUUUCUGCGCACUGAACAGCAAAGAGUGAAAUUCUAUAACAUCCUCGUCAAAUAUCUGCAGCUUCGAGGUCUUGUAAAGCGUCCCGGAGAAGCGCACCGAAGCCAGUGUCUAACAGCAAUUUCACCAGCGAGAUGCUUUCCAAAUACAAUUCGAAGAAACGGAGAUCUGGAUGAGGAGGGAUUUACAAAAGAAGCCCACCGGCUUCGGCUUUACGGGUACCCAUAUUUGGUGAAAUACCUCAGGCAGAUAUUAGUCGUUCGAAACGAGCAGAAGGCAUCUCGACUACACUACCUGCGACAGCGUCGCGCUUUUUCUGAAGCUGAACGUCAACUAGCCCGUUUAAAGUUGAGGCUCAAGGAAGAAACCAAACAGCGAAGAAUGACGAAAGAGUCGGAAACAAAACAGUCAGUGAACACCACACGUUCUCAGGCAACGCAAACGAUAAAAGAUUCUUCACAGCACAUGGAUAACAAGGCAAACAGCACCCCCACGCGUCAAUGCACGGGACUCUCCCUAAGUGAAGUGGAGGUUUAUCACGAUGCUGUUUCCAUUGCUCACACUGACUCUUACGGAUGACACCGAGGUGUUGGGUGCGUGGCAAAGAUUGGUCAGACAGUUGAGAGUGCCGCUCCCUGCACUAUGCUUCUGCAUUCGACCUGAUCCCUCUGACUCAAGCACUCCUCCUUGGUUGACAUGCACUCGCGAGUGUCGCUUUUUCCGGAACCCUGAAACCUACCUCAAGGAGUUGCUGGACUACGUUCACUCUCUCGAAUGAAGCUCUGUUUUGCGCAUUUCAAACCCGACAGGAAGCACAGUUUAACAACAUUUGUUUGUUUCUAUCUUCACCUCGUUCUCGAGGUUUGCUUUUCGAUUGCUCUUCCAUUGUCCUGAUGCACAUCGCCACACAAUUGUCACAUUCGUCGACACUGAUGGAACUAAAAUGAUCUCUUACACAUAAACCUAAGUAAACAGUCCUUCUUUUGAUGUUUCCCAACCCUAUUUUUAGUAAGUGCACAAUGGCUGUACUG